AUGCCUCGUUUUCCCAAGCCACAGAAACUGGCCGUGCCAGUCAAGCCUCCAAAGGGACACUUCUUCUUUGCUGGACAUACUAUUGCACGUGUCAAAUGGUGGACUUCAGGUCCUAUGAGAAAGCUUUACUUCCUGUUGGUGGUCAUGAUUAUGACUAAUACGGCCAACGGAUUCGAUGGAAGCAUGAUGAACGGUCUCCAGGGACUGACAUACUGGCAAGAAUACUUCAACCACCCAAAGGGGUCGAUUUUGGGACUUUUCAACGCCUCUAUGAGUCUUGGCUCCCUUAUUGGACUCUUCUUUGUGCCUUACAUCAUCGAUAUGUUUGGCCGUCGAUCCGGUGUCUUGGUUGGAUCAUGCAUAAUGAUCCUUGGUGUUGGUCUACAGACGGGAGCGGCCAAUUUCGGCAUGUUCGUGGCCGCCAGACUCCUUAUCGGGUUUGGAGACUGCAUUGUGCUUGGAUCUGCUCCUCUUCUCAUCACAGAGCUUGCUCCUCCUCAAGAUCGAGCUGUCCUGGUUACUCUGUCAGGUGCCUCAUACCAUUCUGGGGCCUUUAUCGCCUCUUGGGUAACAUUUGCCACACUGAAGAUCCCUUCCAACUGGUCAUGGCGCCUACCAUCUCUGCUCCAAUGCACCUUCUCGAUCAUCAUCUCUAUCGCCAUCUUCUUUACCCCAGAGAGUCCUCGUUGGUUGAUCAGCCAAGACCGCUCCGAGGAAGCACUCGAUAUCAUUGCCAAGUACCACUCCUUGACUGGCGACCGUGACGACAAACUUGUCCAACUGGAGUACAAUGAGAUCGUUGCUGCUCUCAAGAUGGACCAAGAAGCGAAUCGUACUGGCUGGCUCGACUUGUUCAAGACUCCGGGAAACCGAAAGAGAAUGGGUAUUAUCACUGCCAUCGGUUUCUUCUCUCAGUGGUCUGGAAACGGUAUCAUCUCUUACUACUUGACCACCAUCAUGAAGGAGAUUGGUAUCACCAACUCUAGCACUCAACUCGGCAUCAACGGAGGAAUGAAGUCAUUCUCACUGGUAACAAACAUGGGUAUGUCCUUCUUCGCCGACAAGAUGGGACGUCGCCCUAUGUACCUCAUCUCGACUAUUGGUACAUUCGUAGUCUUCAACAUUGCUACCAUUCUCGCUGCUCGCUAUGCUGCGACCCCUCACAGCAGUAUUGGUGCCGCUUUCGUUGCCAUGCUGUUCGUCUAUGGAUUCUUCUACGACUUCAAGAACGGUCUAAUGGCGACCUACACAACUGAAAUCAUGCCCUACGGUCUUCGAGCCAAAGGCUUCACAUGGCUCAACUUCUGUGUGACACUUUCGCUCUUCUUCAACCAAUACAUCAACGCCAUUGCCCUCGAAGCCCUCAAGUGGAAAUACUACAUCUGCUACUGUGUAUUCCUUGCCUUCGAAGUUGGCGUCAUCUACUUCUUCCUGGUCGAAACCAGGUAUACUCCACUUGAAGAGAUAGCCAAAUUCUUCGACGGUGAAGAUAGGACUCUGGAUGUCGCUGCUGUUGCGAAUGAGCAGAGCAAGGUCGAUGAUGAGGGGGUGAUGGGAGAGAAGGGUGUGCAAGUUUCGAGAGUGGAAAUUGUGGAGAAGGUCUGA